UCUUUAAUGUCAAUUUUGUGAAGCAAAAUUCCGGCUACUUUUUCGUUGAUUGUGAAUUUGAAUUUCUCAUUGAUUUCAUCUUUCAAGCUGAUCGUGGUUAUUUCUUAUUUGAGUAAAAGCAGUUUGUGUGCUGAUUGAAAAUACCUACUCAUUGAUACUGCAUUUUUGAGCUGACUGCCAUGGCUGAAAAUAAAGAAGUGGAGGAACAAGUUAAGAAACUGAAGAGAUUGCUUGAAGGCUGGCGUAUGGCUCUUCUGCCGUUGAAGUCUGUCUUUAUUUGGGAACAACAAUGGCAUCCCCUGGCUAUCGUCAUUUCUCUCACUAUAUUAUACUUUAUCAUUUGGUUGAUGGACCUCAGUACCAUCGCAACAUUUGCAACUUUUGGUCUUUUAUUGAACUUUGUUGAUUUCAUUGUCCCAAUCAUUUGCAACACCAUAUACAGCCCCAACUCAUGGACCGGUCAAAAGGAAAAAAUGUUUGAAGAACUCUGUCGAGAUAUUGUUGUUUCCUACAAUGGAGUUGUACGGAAAAUUUAUUCAUUUUAUUCCCUGAGAGACAGCAGUCCUAUAAUGUAUUAUGUGAUGUCAAUCAGCAUGCUGUUAACCACAGCCUGGCUGGCGUCAUCAAUAAACAACAUUUUCCUUCUGUACAUUUUAACAUCUAUGGUGAUGCUGUGGCCUGGUAUCCAGCACAAGGGAUAUCUCAAUUUUAUGUUAUCUUAUGUAACUAAAUCACAGAAAAAGUCUGAUUAGAGGCUUCUGUAUCAGUUUUGCCUAGAUAUGUUUGUAAUGGCAAUAUGGCAUCAAUGUUUGAGUAACAAGUACAAGUAGUUGCUGUUUUGAUACAUGUUUUUGCACUUUGAAAUGUUUUUAUACUUCUCUGAGAUAAAACAUGCUAAAAUAAGCUUUAUUGUUUAAAUAAGUUACAUUAUUGUUAGCCAUAAAUGUAUGUUAUGAAGUUAAGAUAUGGAAUUUGUUUUAUGUAGAUGACCGUUGUAGUUUGGUGAUAGCUGUGUAUAGUGAUUUAUUAUCUGGUCAUUAUAAGGUUUAACUGGAGGAUAUUGUGAGCUUUAAUUCUUUUAUUUUGUUUAAAUAAAGAGAUAUUAU